AUGUUCAUGCUCCAUCUCGGGAUGCGGCUCCAGAGCAGCUGGGGUGUGAUCCCACAUGAGGAGAUCGCUGGGAUGUCCGCAGGGAGCUUCCUGAACACCAACCGGGGCGUCUCAAUCCUUAUACGACGCGCUAGUCUAGAAGAUUAUGUGUUGUUUAUGAGAAGAGGGCCUGCCAUUUCCUACCCUAAGGACGCAGCUGCUAUGCUCAUGAUGAUGGAUGUCUCAGAGGGAGACUGUGUUCUGGAAGCUGGGUCUGGAUCAGGAGCCAUGUCACUGUUUCUGUCUCGUGCAGUUGGAGCAAGCGGCAGAGUAGUGAGUGUGGAGGUGAGGGAGGACCACCUGAGAAGAGCGGUUCUGAACUACAGCCGGUGGAGGACUUCAUGGGAGCUGCGGCGAGAGCAGCCGUGGCCGGAUAAUGUGGAGUUUGUGCAAGCAGACCUCUGUAACAGCCCAGUCCUGGAGGGGCGAGGAUUUCAUGCGGUGGCUCUUGACCUCAUACAUCCUCAUCUAGUUUUACCCACUGUGAACCGAUACCUUCAUUCUGGGGCUGUGUGUGCCGUCUACCUCGCAAACAUAACUCAGGUGGUGGAUUUACUGGAAGGACUUCGCUGUCUGCACAUCCCUCUUCUGUGUGAGCGCAUCGUGGAGCUCCCGGCCCGAGACUGGAUCGUGGCUCCGGCUCUCCACAAAGAUGGCUCCUACUGCUCAAGGAAGUCUCCAAAUGCGGAAGAAAACUCGGAAGAAAAAAGCGAAAAAGAAGCACCUUUUGGGAGUGUUCCUUACAUUGCCAGACCUCACCCUCAACAACUGAGCCAUACAGCAUUCCUGGUAAAACUGAGGAAACAUACCUAA